AUGUCUAAAAAUAUCGAUAUCUUGAAAUUUGCUGAUGAAGAUGGUAACUACAAAAGAAAACCAUCAGUGUUUCGUGAUUGGAUUAGUGCCAAACCUGGCUCUAGAUUUCCUCCGGAAGCUGGCAGGUACCAUUUGUAUGUUUCCUUUGCUUGUCCAUGGGCUCACCGUACUUUAAUCACUAGAAGAUUAAAGGGAUUGGUUUCCAUCAUUGGCUUGUCAAUUGUGCACUGGCACAUGGAUGACAAAGGAUGGAGAUUUCCUACAAAGGAAGAAUUGGAGUCAUUGCCUCAAAAGGAUGACGUUUCAUUGGGUACCCCUGACCAUCUAUAUGGCUUUGAAAGGUUGAGAGAAUUGUAUUUCAAAGCUGAUUCAAAUUAUAGUGGUAGAUUCACUGUUCCUGUCUUGUGGGAUAAAAAGGAACAAACAAUUGUCAACAAUGAAUCAGCUGAAAUUAUUAGAAUGCUCAAUUCUGACUUUAACUCAAUUUUGCCCACUGAAUAUGCUGAUUUGAAUUUAGUCCCAAAGGAGUUGGAGUCUCAAAUUGAUGAAUUGAAUGGUUGGGUUUACGACAAUAUCAACAAUGGUGUUUACAAAACUGGAUUUGCUUCCAAACAAGAAGUCUAUGACAAGGAAUGUCGCAAUGUGUUUACCCACUUGGACAAGGUUGAAACAUUGUUGAAAGAAAACAAGGAAAAGGACCGCAAAAAUGAGUUUUUGUUGGGCAACCAAUUGACUGAAGCUGACAUCAGAUUGUUUACGACUGUCAUCAGAUUUGACCCUGUUUAUGUCCAACAUUUCAAGUGUAAUAUUGGGAUGAUUAGAACACAUUAUCCAAAUAUUCACAAUUGGCUCAGAUUGUUAUAUUGGAAGAUUCCCGGUUUUCAAGAAACUACAAACUUUGAACACAUCAAGUACCACUACACUAAAUCUCAUAUCAAGAUUAAUCCUUAUGGAAUUACUCCAUUGGGCCCAGUGCCAAACAUUCUACCAAUUGAUCAAUAA